AUGCUACCAAGGAUAUCCCGCGUGGCCGGCGCCCUUUCGCUCGCCGCCGCCGUUGCCGAUGCCCAGUCUACUGUUUCCAUUACGCCCACUGCCGCUGCGGCCAAGGCUAGCGGCAUUUCCCAGUACAUCCCCCAGGACUUUGCGGGUUUUGGAAUCGAGCCUUCCAACCUGUUCUCCUUCUCCGGCGCCGAGACCGCCAAUGAGUUUUCCGUGAAUCUCAUGGAGAACUUGGCCAACUACACCGGCAAGCCUGGCGUAAUCCGCCUUGGUGGCAACACCGAGGACUACUUUCUCUACCAGGCCGAUAUGAAAGAGUACACGAUCAAGACGAACGAGAACUCGGUUGGUCAAGGCGCUAUCGCCAGUGAUGCCGACAUCAUUGGCCCCUCCUUCUUUGAGGCUGUCAGCAGGUUCCCCAAGGGCACUCCCAUCGUCUUUGGCCUGAACCUUGCCUACUUUCAGGCCGACUACCUUGACCAGAUUACUCUGAUGGCCCAGGCUGUCCUGAACAACCUGACCAACGUCGAGCUGAUUGCCUUCGAGAUUGGCAACGAGCCGGACUUGUAUCUGCAGAACGCCUUCCGCAACGGCACUUGGGACGGCUCGACCUAUGUUGACCAGUGGAAAACGCGCGCUGCCGCUGUCUACGAGCGCGUCCUGAAGCCCGCCGGCUUGCCCGUCAACUUUUUCGAGGGCCCCUGCACUGCCAGCACCAUCGGGACCACUUUUGAGAUGUCGACGCUCGUCGACGAAGGCAUUCAGAAGGACGUGGAGAGUAGCAGCAACCCCUACCUGCGCGCCUGGAACCAGCACGACUACCUGUACUUCAUCGACGUCUCCACUUUCCCCAUCACCGUCAACUGGAUGAUGAACCUGGACAACACCGAUUCGCAGUUCGAGUACUGGGAGGACCAGAUCGCCAUUGCCCUCAAGACCGGCCUGCCCUACUAUCUCCGCGAGAUGCAGAGCGUCGGCCCCGUCGGUCUGGAGGGUGUCAGCAACACGUUUGGUGCUGCGCUCUGGAACCUCAACUUCUUCCUCUAUGGCGCUGCCAUGAACAUAUCGUCGGUGCAGAUGCACAUGACCGACAACUCCAUGGCCGCUCCUUGGCAACCCAUUGACCGCAACGGUGUCGCCAAGAACGUGCGUCCCGUUUAUUACGCAUAUGCUGCCAUGGCACAGUUCAUCGGUUCGGGCAACGGUACCACUCAGGUUGCGGCUCUCCCCAACGACAAUGUUCCUACCGACUACCAGAGCAACGUCCGCAUGUAUGCUGGCUAUGGCGCUGGUGAGCUUACGUCAGUCAUCGUCAUCAACUCCAUGCAGGUCAACGCCACUGGUUCCAAGAGCAACCUGCCCAUCUCGCUCUCGCUGCCUGACUACAAGGGUCAGACCCUCUUCCUCUCGCGUCUGACGGCUGAUGGCGCCGAUUCUACCACCGGUACGACCUGGAACGGCAUGUCUUACUCGGAUGACGACGGCAAGGCCACGGCUGUCAACGACACUGCCGAGUCGGUCAAGAUCGACAGCAGCGGCAAGGCCACCUUCUCUGUCCGCGACUCGGAGGCAGUCAUUGCCUACAUCGGCGCCCAGCUUGGCAGCAAUGCUGUUACUGUCAACGGCACUUCUGUUGACAGGGACAGCUCUGCUUCCUCAACUAGCGCCAGCACGGCCACCCUCGCUGCCAUCGCAUCGACUACCCUCGCCAUCGCCAACAGCAUCACCGGAUCUGCCGCAUCCGCCACCUCCACCAGCUCGGCCGCAAGGACCGGUAACCAUGGAUAUGGCAUGACCAUGCUUAUGGCCUUCACCGUCUUUGCCAUUGCCACCUACCAGAUUUGGUAA